CCAACCCCAUAACCUUUCCAGUUUCCACCCUCUUGAAUCUUCUUUUCUUUCAACCUCCAACUUUUUUUUUUCUCUCCUCCCAAACCAACAAAAUACCCAUGUCUACAAAACCCUUACCCACCAGCACCACCCCAAACUAUGGCACAAUCCCCACAACCACCACAACAACAACCACUUCCUCUAUCGACACAUUCAUCACAUGCGCUACCAAUCAAACUCGAACCCUAAUCUCAUACCGCCGUCCAUGGCGAGAAUUCCUCUCUCUCUCCUCCUUCUCCCUCCCCACCUCCUACACAACCGCCAUGUCUCGCACACGCCGCAACCUCAAUUACUUCCGCUUCAACUACUCCUUAAUCAUCCUCAUCAUCCUUUUCCUCAGCCUUUUAUGGCACCCCUUUUCCAUGAUCGUCUUCUUAGCUGUUUUCAUUCUCUGGGUUUUCCUCUAUCUAUCGAGAGACGACCCAAUUGUCGUAUUUCAUCGAUCAAUUGAUGAUCGAUAUGUUCUUCUUGCAUUAAGCCUAUUAACUGUUUUGGCGUUGGUUUUAACCAGCGUUGCGACUAAUGUGCUGGUUUCGCUUGCGAUUGGGGUUGGGGUUGUGGGUUUACACGCUGCGUUGCGGAGUGUUGAUGAUUUGUUUUUGGAUGAAGAUGAAGUUAUUGCUGAUGGUGGGGUUGUUUCUAGCUUUGAAGGUCAGCCUUUGAGACCCACGUUUGCUAGAGUUGUUUGAUUUUUUUUACUAGAUUUUUUUUUGUCAAGUGUAAAUUUGAUGGGUUUUUGUUAGUUUGUUUUUUUUAUUUUGUUGUACACUGGGAAAUUUUAUCAGCAAUUAGGAGAAAAUAAUUGGAGUUAUUAUUAUGAAUGAAGUCUGAAUUUGAUUUGUGGACAUUUACAAAAAUAUGUCUGUUUAUCUGCUAGUUUUGAUUUUGAACAACUGGUUGAAUUGAAUGGUUUUGGGCAUUUGUUGCUCAUUGAAGUUGACAA